GUAAAUUCUCCCCGUGUCAUCGGCUUUUUACAAUCUGCUGGCUUGUAGCUUGUAAACUCGCCUCGUGUCGACGAGGCUUUAGCCAUUUUUACGAUUAUCGAAACCAUAUCCAUGAACGAACACUUGAUCAAAAACAAUUCAAUUUUAUCAAACUUCUUUUACUUUUUGAAGUUUGCCUUACGUCAUCAUUAUAACUGGGACGUGGGAAAUAUUUUUGAAGUGUUUACAAACUUUUGUUAUUUACAUUGUUUUUAUUAUUUAUUUGUAUAAAAGUAAUGUGUAAUCAAGUAUUUUAUUUAUAUCCAUCUUUAUGUCUGUUUAUUUAUGCAUGCGAAAUCAUGUUCCUUUUAUAAAUGGUGAGGAAAACAAGGUUUUGUAAUUUUACAACAUUCGUUAGCUAAAUAAAGAAAAUUUGCAGUAACCCGGGGCGUCAGAUUUUAAAAUACGCCCCUGAAGAUAAGUACCGUUUAUUCUAUGUUUACUGAUAUCCGGGGCUUCAAUUUGUCAUAGUUUUAUAUCCAUUAAUGGUAUUUGAGAACUAUUUGUAGCUCAUUAGUGCCACCCGACAUCGCUUUGCCGUGCGAUGUCCACUCGUAGUCAGCUAGCAAACUUAUUUGGACACCGCGUUGUCAACCAGCUAACGUCGGGCAUAAAUAAAGAAGCUAUAAGUUUGUGUAUACUCGUAGAUGUUUGGCGAUGAGCGUUGUGGUUCGUAUGCUGGUGUGCACUGUGAUUGGCGCAGCGAUGGCGGUCGGCUUACACGAUGACUCGCCCUACUGCGCGGUGCGGUACCGACGGCUCUGCCAGGGCAAAGGGCUGCACGUGGGCUGCCAGUUCCCCGAUGUGACCCGGCCCAGGAGCAUACUGUGUGAACUACUCGCCCAUAAAAUUUGAGGAUAACCUCAAACACUUUAUUACAAACUACUUAAACAGACGCAGACAACGCAUAGCUGUAGGCUCCGAAAGAGUUCGUGGCGGGAUGCAUUUACCAAAACCAGAGCUCAUGAUGAUGGUGGAGUGGGACCGAGAGUUGGCAUCACUUGCGCAGCGACUGGCAGACCAGUGUAAUUUCGUCCACGACCAGUGUCGGGCAACAGUCCGUUACCCGUACGCCGGACAAACGGUCGGCGAGGUGAGAUGGCGCCGUUCUAGCGGCUCGGACGCACAAACAGCCCAGCGCGCCAUCAGGCGAGUGCUCGACGCCUGGUGGGGCGAGCGGCGCCGCGUGCAGCCUGAGCAGCUCACCGCGCCGUUCAGACUCACCGCCAAGGGCGCAGUAUGGGGCCACUUCAGUCAGCUGGCAGUUUGGUCACUCCGCGCUGUCGGGUGCGGAGCUGUGAGGCACGGCGCGCACUUCCCGCGUCUGCUGCUAGUGUGCGAUUUCUCUCACACAAACAUGCUGGGACAGCGUACCAUAUCACCUGGACCGUUAGCCCGCUGCCCGUCGCAUACUGAGAGGAGACUGAGGUCUUCGUACCCACUGCUGUGUGCUUCGGUUCGCUAUCCGCCACCGGAGAGAAAUUACGGUGUUGAAUCCGAAGACUAUUCGACCGACGACGAAAAUGUGGAAGAGCUAUCCCUACCUAGAACCUCUCCUCAUUACUAUAAUACAACUCAUGCGGUCGCAGAAAACACUGUCAAAUAUCUCACGACGACCAGAACGACUGUCAGAAGUGUGGAUCGGUGGAGAAAUAUUGCUUUCCAAGGUGCGACUCAGAGUCAGGCCAAAGGGGCGCUCAUGUAUAAGCUGAGCCGUGAACUAGGGGAUAGGAAGAAAGCUGACAACAAAGUGAUGCUGUUUGUCGACGAUGCCAAUUGGAGGUCCAGGGUGAUGGCUGAUGAGAAACAGCUCGCUUUCAAAAAAAGAAUACUUAAUAUCAACGAUGAGAUUGAAGAAUCUACUGAAAAAAAUAAAGAAGGUCGAGGCACCGCACGCGCCUCUUCGAGCUCAAACACUCUCGCAUACAGAAGAUAUUCAAAUAUUACGGAACUGGUAAGCAGCACCUACUUCACACCAGUACCCUUAGCACGGAGCAUUAUGAAGCAGCAAUACGAAGAAUUUGAAUAGUUUAAUUCGGUCACGAUACGUGUCAAAUGUCAAGAAGAUUUGUAUGGAAAUUUGAACAGCGCUACAACGGACGUAUCGAGAAUUAAAAAUCUUCCAUACAAAAUUUCUUGACAUUUGAUGCGGGUUAGUCAUUUUUUGACUGCAUAUUGCGAAUGUUACUUGAUUUCCACAAUUACAGACAGAACGCGCUAUUAACACUUAGCCAUUGAGCUCCUUGGGACCUUAAUCUGUAUGCCACCUUAAACUCUCUUAAUUUUCUAUUUAAUCAGAAAUCAAUAUAUCUUUAU